AUGCUUAACAAUGUGUCAGAUGAUAAGAUUCAAGAAGCUUGGCAUGCUCCAGAAUCCAAAAAACCUAAUAAAAAAUUCUUACAAGAUCGAAUAUGUUAUGGUAAAAGUUAUGGAUUGUUGCAAACUGUUCUAACAUUAGCAAUGAAGACGAAAACUGAUGAGGAAGUAAAUGAUUGGUGUCAUCAAUUUAUUCAGCAAAAGAAAAAGCUUUUAAAAGCUGAUACUGCAUUAAGUCAAGAUCAAGAAAAUAUUAUUCAA